AUGCUCAUGUUCAUCGACGGAAGGGGCACGGGGGGCUCCAUGAUUGCUACGCUGCCAGAUCAACUUGAUGGAUCGGAAGUCCGGGCCCUCCGCGGCUGGGGCGCCUACGACCCGAUCGUCAGCCACGAGGGCGUCGGCGUCGUGGUCGGGCUGGGUGACGACACCCCCGGGUCCCUCCUGGACCAGCGGGUCGGGGUCAAGUGGCUGUACCGCGCCUGCGGCGCGUGCUCCCGUUACGUCGUCGCCGACGCGCGGUACCUGACGCGGAUACCGCGGGGGCUCGGCGACGAGGAGGCCGCGCCGCUGCUUUGCGCGGGCCUCACGAUGAUGGGCGCCGUCUCGAUGCUGGACGGCGACCUGUCCCGCGGCGACUGGGUCGUCAUCCAAGGCGCGGGCGGAGGGCUCGGCCACCUCGGGGUCCAGAUCGCGUCCAGGAUGAAGGGUCUCCGCGUCAUCGCGGUGGACGCUGGGCAUGAGAAGCGGAUGCUGGCCGAGUCCUCGGGGGCAGAGGUGUACAUCGACUACGCGACCGACGAUGUGGAGAAGGCGGCGACGGAGUUGACCGGCGAGGGCGCCCACGCCGUGAUCGUAGUGCCCGGGUCCGAAGAAGCCUACCGCACCGCGCCCAAGCUGGCCAGGCCCAUGGCGACGGUCGUCUGCGUCGGUUUGCCGCACAACGAUUUCCAGCUCCCAAUCUCGGUCACCCAAUCCGCCCUCAAAGGCGUCGUCUUGAUGGCUCGGAAGCUAAUGCUGGAUACGCAAGCGUUGACAAUCAAAGGUGCCAUGGUUGGCACGGAGGAGCAAAUGACCGAGCUGCUUCAAGAAGCGAAGAAAGGAACUUAUCAGAGCGGUUGUGGAGCCGUCUAA